AGCCACUUUACUGUUAAUUAUUUUCUUUGAAAUGUGAAAUACGUCUUUUUAGUUCCUUAACGUAGUGACGCUUCUAUUUCCUCUUUUUUAUAUACACAUCUUUAACAUUUGUUCUAUUAGAACACUAUAUCACUUUGUUACAAGAGAAAGAAAGCGAGGACGGUAACUAAACUUUAAACGGAAUGUUAUUAAUCAUUUGGACUAUUAAAAGCAAAUUAUCCAUCAAAUCCUAAAUCUAAAUGGCAGGUCACCGGUUAACUGAAAUUCUUGAUUCUAUUCAGGAUGCUAGUAAAAAACAGUCUGUUUAUUUCUCUAAUUCUCAUUUGAGUCAAUUCAAAGUCCAAAGGAAACCUGAGCACCAACCAUGGAGUUCUUCUCAAUAUAAGAAACAAAACUAUACAACUGAUGAGAAAACAGAUUCACAAUACAAUCAAGUUAAUAAAAUCAACAUCUUAACAAAUAAACAGAAACAGUUACCAUUCUUGCCUUUAAUUGAACAAAAAUAUUCCGAUCAAUUACUUACUAGCCAUGACACUAAACAAAGUCAAACACAGGAAUUUAAUAAGGCAUCGACUUCACUGAAAAAUACCAAGAAUGAUGGCUUCAAAGAUGUUCGUUUUACCUGUCCCCCAAUUUUCAUGCCUCCUUUGACAAAGUUCGGUUUUAUCUCCAGCUGUAUGUUAGAUGUCACCAAAAAAGACCAAUAUAACUCAAUGAAUGCAUCUCGGAAUUUUCUGAGGCAUUCUAAAAAAGUGGGGAAAACAGCCUAUAGUAGUAAGGGGAUGGUUGACGCUCUGCUGAAGAAGUUGAAAGAGAGUCUUCAAAAUUGCCCAGAAACCGGAACCACAUCUGACAUUCUAAAGAGACUGCAGUGCUUCAACAAUAUUUUCAAUGACUUAAUCAUAAAUUCUCCAGUGUUUGGUACCGCUUUACACAUUAUCAAAAUAGAAUAUGACAACUAUAUAUCAUAUUUGCUGGAUAUCUAUGAGAAAGAGGGCCAAGUUUUACAAGGAGAAAUGCAAGAGAUGUCUUCACAACACACCAAUCAAAAUGAACAGUUGAGUGAAGCUGAAAUCAAAGUUGAGAAACUGGAGUGUGAAAUGUUAGAUCUCUUUCUUGAAGCUAAAAGUUUACAAAAAGAAAUCAAAGCAGAAACAGAAAGAAUUACUGCAGAUCAAGAAAGCGAGGUCAGCCUUUAUGAUGAGAGUGUUGAAGAUGUGUCAGAAAUGAAACCAAAAUUAGAACUUUAUGAUGAUGUGGAAACACUAAGAAUUGCUAUUCUUGAGAAAUUGGAUGAGCUACAGACCAAGAAAACUGACAUGCGUAAUAACUAUAUUCCUAUUUCAGUCUGUUUACAGCUGGAACAAUGUAUAAAAGACACAGACAUGGAAUUACAUAAAUGGAUAAAACAAAAUGAAUACUUCAAAACCAGCAGUGCUGAAAUGGAAGGUUAUCUAAAAGAAGCUAUCAUAGAGGCAGACACUAGUGAAAGAGAUGUCCGGAGAAUUUGGAGAAAAAUAUAUUCUAGAAAACAUCUUGGUAAUCAAGUGGACAAUGAAUAUCACACAGACUGUAAUGAAGAUGAUGAUGAUGACGAUGAAAGUAAAUGGAAUUGGUAUAUUUCUUGAUGAGAUCAAGCAACUAGAAGAAUACUGUUUCACAGAUAUUUAAACCAGAAACUAAAAGAGAAAAAGAAGCAAAAACAAUUAAUUACAUUACCAUAUAAAAUUUAUAUGAUUAAUUAAUUCUGAUAAAUGACUUCAUUUUCACAUAUUUUCUCAGUAAUAAGUGAUAGAUUUUUUUUCCUACAUAAACUGCUGCUAUUAUCACUAUAUA